AUGUCUUCUUCAAAUUUAAAUAAAUUUGAAAUAAUCACGGAAUUUGAUUACUUCAUAAAAAGCCUAUUUAAAGUUUACGUCGAAGAUUUCAACAAACAGCUUAACACCGAACACGUGGCUCAUUAUAUUAGGAAUUAUAUAAAGAAAUCCAACAAAAAUCCGUGUAAAGUUUUUCAUCAAUUAUUGCAGCACAAGCACAAAAACCAUUUUACCAGUCUGAUAGGAUUUUUCUACAGAUAUGGAAUUGGGACGAAGAUUGAUUUGAAAUUGGCCUUUGAGUUAUGCGCACAAGCUGCCAGCGAUGAAAUAGAUUUUAACAUUGAAAAUCCAUAUGCACUUGAAUCUUUGGAGUCGUUUAGAAGAUGUAACCAUGAAAUUGGGCUUAUCUCCCUUGGUCUCAUGUACCUGAAUGGGAAAGGUGUAGAGAAGAAUUCAGAAAAGGCAUUUCAGAUAUUUUCCAAAUCGGCCGAGGAAGGUUCAAGCAAGGCGCUUUCAUGUGAAGGUUACAUGUAUUGCAAUGGUGUUGGUACAAAAAAGGAUGAGGCCAAAGCGCUCGAGAAGGAUUUAGAAUCCGCGAUGUUGGGAAAUCCCUUAGGUCAAUUUAAUCUUGGGUAUGACUAUUUUAAUGGCAAAGGGACUUCCAAAGAUGAAGCGACCGGGUUCAAGUGGUACUUGAACUCCGCAAAUGAGGGCAAUAUUAAGGCACAGGACAUGGUGGGAGAUUGUUAUAAUAACGGGCAGGGAGUACCUCAAGAUGCUCAAAAGGCAUUCGAAUUUUAUAUGAAAAGUGCAAUUGCCGGUUCAGGUGAAGCACAAUGUGACGUUGCUUACUGCUAUUAUUCUGGGUCCGGGACGGCAAAAGAUGACAAGAGUGCUUUUAGAUGGUAUUUAAAGUCAGCCGAAAAUGGUUAUCCGUUUGGUCAGUUGCAGGUGGGAAAAUGCCUCAAGUAUGCAAUAGGAACGAAAAGGGACUAUAUAGGAGCCGUGUAUUGGCUGAAAAAGGCUUUGGAAGGAGGGGAAAACGACGCAGAUGCAUUACUGACAGGGAUAACUGAACGGAUAAUUUAG